AAAUGACAGGCGUCGACCGCAUGACGUAACCCUAACCUCACUUUUUCAAAUAUUUGAUCCACAAAAUGUUUUUUUCACGUUUUUCCAAUAAACUUCUGCAGCCUCUUGUUGCAUUUAAUGAAUUUUACCCACUCAUUCGUCGAAUCCACCAAAAAAGUGGCACGUUUCCACGGAGAAUUUUUUCCGGUAUUCAGCCCACCGGUCAAGUCCAUUUGGGUAACUACUUCGGGGCGGUUUCCCAGUGGGUGAAACUUCAAGACAAUCACGAGGACAUGAUUUUAAGCGUGGUGGAUUUGCACUCGAUUACGUUACCCCAGGACCCCAGCACCUUGAGUGAUAACAUAAUGGAAAUGACGGCGACUCUACUGGCGUGUGGGGUUGACCCUUCCAAGGUGAUUUUGUUUCAGCAGAGUAUGGUCCCCGCCCACACUCACUUGACGUGGUGUUUGGGCUGCAUAUGUACUAUGGCUAGAUUAGCGCACCUACCGACGUAUAAGGAAAAAUCGGCGAAUUUGAAAGACGUCCCGUUGGGGUUGUAUGUGUAUCCUGUGUUACAAGCUGCAGAUAUUUUGGCUUAUAAGGCUACGCAUGUUCCAGUGGGUGAAGACCAAACGCAAAAUAUCGAGCUUACGCAGGACUUAGCCAGGAUGGUUAAUAAGCGUUUUGGGGACACUUUCCCCAUACCUCAGGCCAUUUACACUAGUAGUGAGUAUGCAAGACUUAAAAGUUUGAGAGAUCCUACUAAGAAAAUGUCCAAGUCGGAUUCUGAUCCAAAAAGUAGAAUCCAUUUGGUUGAUUCACCUGAUGAAAUUUUGAAAAAAAUUAAAAAGUCUGUGACUGACUUUACAGCUGAGGUUGGUUAUGACCCUGAAUCAAGACCAGGUGUUUCAAAUCUUAUCAGCAUUCACUCUUUUAUGACUGGUAAAAGUGUAGAUGAAAUUUGUGAAGAAGCAAGGACCAUGAAUACUGGACAGUAUAAACUUCAAGUAGCUGAGGCUGUAAUAGCUCAUGUACAACCCAUACAAAGGAAGAUAAAUGAUUAUCUGGACAACCCAGAGUAUUUAUUAAAUGUUCUAAAAACAGGUGCACACAAAGCUACAGAGAUUGCAGAAAACACUAUUGAAGAAGUGAAAGUGAAAAUGGGUCUACAAUUUAGAAAAAAGUAUGCACAAACGCAACAAAGAACAAAUAAGUAA